GGCAGCCACCAAAGCGCUGAGGGGAGCCCUUCCAAGUGUGGUUGUCUGGACCCCAAGCCCUUCUCCACGAUGUCCUGUAACCACACGUCCAUUGAGACUUUUGAAUACCUGCUGCUGAACGGAAGCAACGUGUCAGACUCUGGUGUGACCCUGCCAGCUGCACCCCUCCGGGUGUGCUUGGCAGUUAUCAUGAUGCUGAUGAUUGUGGUCGGAUUCCUCGGCAAUUCUGUCGUCUGCAUCAUCGUGUAUCAGAGGCCAGCCAUGCGUUCAGCCAUCAACCUGUUGCUGGCCACACUGGCCUUCUCCGACAUCAUGCUGUCCUUGUGCUGCAUGCCCUUCACUGCUGUCACCCUGAUCACCGUCCACUGGCACUUUGGGGAUUAUUUUUGCCGGCUCUCAGCCACUCUAUACUGGUUUUUUGUUCUGGAGGGCGUGGCUAUCCUGCUCAUCAUCAGUGUGGACCGCUUUCUCAUCAUCGUCCAACGCCAGGACAAGCUGAACCCGCAGAGGGCCAAAGUGAUCAUCGCCGUGUCCUGGGCACUGUCCUUCUGUGUCUCGGCUCCUUCACUGGCCAGCUGGACCAUUGUGGAGGUGCCAGCACGGGCCCCCCAGUGCGUGCUGGGCUACACGGAGUUUCUGGCCGGCCGUGCCUACGUGGUAACGCUGGUGGUGGCUGUGUUCUUUGUGCCCUUUGGCAUCAUGCUGUGUGCCUACCUGUGCAUCCUGCACACAGUCCGGAAGAACACCAUUCGCGUCCACAACCAGUCUGACAGCCUGGACCUGAGGCAGCUCACCAGGGCCGGCCUGAGGCGGCUCCAGCGGCAGCAGCAGGUCAGCCUGGACUUGAGUUUCAAAACCAAGGCCUUCACUACCAUCCUCAUCCUCUUUGUGGGCUUUUCACUGUGCUGGCUGCCUCACUCAGUCUUCAGCCUCCUGUCAGUGUUCAGCAGGAGGUUCUACUGCAGCCCCUCCUUCUACAUCACCAGCUCCUGCGUCCUAUGGCUCAGCUACAUCAAGUCUGUCUUCAACCCCAUCGUCUACUGCUGGAGGAUCAAAAAAUUCCGCGAGGCCUGCAUAGAGUUGCUGCCCCAGACUUUCCAAAUCCUCCCCAGAGUGCCUGAGAGGAUCCGAAGGAGAAUCCAACCAAGUACCAUCUACACGUGCAAUGAAAACCAGUCUGCUGUCUAG